AAAAGUUUUCACAAUUGAAAGUAUGUAGCGCUAUUUACGUGUGGUUUAAAAUCAUCCUUGUGUUUUAAAACAAAACAUCGUGUUGAUUGAUUUCUAAGCUACAAAUAAUCGAAACAAGUACGUGACAAGCAGUUAAACGUUGGAUGGUCAUUUGAAAUAUUAACACUAACCGUAAUAGGCCUACAGUGAUACAGUAAGAACUGUAGAAACGUAGUUUAAUUCUUAUCAUUCUUUACUACGGCAGAUCAAACUAGACGUCACAAUCACAUGUAACGUCUUUAGGCAGUACCUUUGGCUAGGAACUAAUUAUUGAAAUCGUUUGAUGAACGAGAGGGCCUCCAUACAAAUUCAUUUAAAAUGAAGAAGCACUUAUUAACAGGGGUCUAAAUGUUCUUAUUUAUGGGUAAUAUUUGGAAAUAAACAGGUACGGUGAAGAUGAAGAUGUUACUGAAUAUUAUAUAGGAAAAUUCAGGUCAAAUAAAAGGUGAACACAUUGAAAAAAGAUUUUCAAAUGACAAAAUGCAAAAUUCAUCAAAAACAAGAUGUGAUUAAGAGUAAGACAUGACACAAAGGGUAUUUUCUCAAUCUUCAGACCAAUUUUCGCCAAAGGUAAAGGACACACCAAUCGUAGUGAUUCCAAAGUUACUGACCUGCUACUACUUCUACCAGUACAUUAGACCCAAUAUUAAUAUAUCUUUUGUUUGGAAGCAAACAUUUUUUUAUCUGUUUGUCUACCCGUAGGUUCCUACUAGGUACGAGUUCUGUCAGCCAAAGACUAUAUACUCUGAUAGCUGAAGAUCUGCUGUUCACCUGUGCUUCAAGGAUGGUACUCACGCGGUCACGUGACAGCCUUCCUUCCUGCUCUCCAAUCCUCGCCAGCUUUCAGAGCUGCCCUUGGUUGUAGAACCACACGGCUUAUGUUCCCGAACUGUUCAGUGAGCCGAGCUGGCCAACAGUUGGAUUUCAUAGAAAGAGAAUAUCCAUUUUUCCUAGAUAGUGUGAUUUGUAGCUUGAACAAAAGAAUAUCUGCAUGAAUUGUUCUUUCUCUUCUCAAAAUAUGUAUAAAUUUGAUGUCAACCUGUGAUCUCCAUGUAACUAAUCAUUGAAAUAUGUCUACUUCAGAAGAAAAGUUUCUGUGUAAUACAUGCAACUAUGAAGCUGCAAGUCAACACAUUUUGGCCCGACAUAUAGCCAUUGCUCAUUCAGCCAAAGUUUUCAGCUGUCCACUGUGUCCUUUUGUUUCUCGGUACCAAGCAAACUUGUACAGACACAAGAGGGUUAUUCAUGGAAUACGUCGCACUUCUACCUGUGACCUGUGUGGAUAUGUAGCCCCAAAUGAAGCCUCAUUGUGCUACCAUAAAGAAAGCUUUCAUCAACAAGUUGUAGUGAAAGAGAAGAAACAUUAUGAAAAUCAGAGGAAAAUUCAUUUAGAAGGAGAGUAUCAUAUUGGCAGAGGUGGCAAUGUAAAUAAUAAUGAAUUAUUAUCUUUGCCACUUUCUUUACCAGCUAAUGAAAAGAAUGAAUCUGACGAACUAAUGAACAAAAACUUUGGUUCCUCUCUUUGUAAUUCUAACAUUAUAGCAGGAACACAAGGUUUUGAAAACUCUCUAGAACUUUUAGAAGAGGCUUCAUUUUUUGAUUCAAUGCCUUCAACAUCAGUAGGAAGUAGUCUUGGAGGUUCAGAAUUAGGACCAGUUCGUAUUCGUCGAAAAUACACAUGUGAACUCUGUAAUCUAGUCACAAUAAACCCUAGAGAAUUCCUUUAUCAUAGACAGCAAGUUCACAGAGAAAGAAUAACUGUUUAUGAAUGUCCAUACUGCCUAUAUGCUUCAAAGCAUUUUCAGAAAUUACAGCGACACUGUGGUAUGGUCCACCAGAAGGUACUAAAACCUUUCGGGGGAAACAAAUUGAAAGAUUUAGAAAAAUUAACAAUGAUGAACAAACCUGUGGUUGAAAGUGAACAAAGUAAAGAAUAUUCUGAACAAAGAAAUAUGGUUCCUAUUGAAAGUAUAGCUUUAAAAUGUACAAAAGAGAACUAUCAAUGCUCUAAGUGUCAUUUUCGUGCAAAGAGUAAGAUGAUUUUAAUUCAACAUGAAAAAAUAUCUCACCUAAAGAAAAAAUUCUUUCGUUGUUUACAGUGUGAUUAUGUUACCAAUGAAAAAGCUAGGUAUACAAAGCACUGUAAAUAUCAUUCUCUACCAAAAGUCAAGUGUGAGUUUUGUAAUUUUACAACAACCUAUAAGUGGAAUCUGGAUAGGCAUAUGAAAAAUCAUCUUCAUGAUGAAAUGUUCAAAUGUGGAAAGUGCAGUUAUACCUGUCACUCUGAGCAAGCUUUGAAAAGUCAUACACUUCAACAUCAUGACUCUUCUCUAGGUGAACAAAUGGACGAGAUUGAAAAGAAAAACCUGAGGACCAGUUCUGCUAAUGAAGAAGAGAGAAGUUCAUCUAUAGAAGAACAGCAACCAGGAAACUCAAAAGAAACGUGUAAUUCACAAAGUACUGAAAAAGAUAGCCUAACCAUUGUGACAGAAGAAAAAACCAUUGACAGCUCUGAUUCUAAUUUUGCUGUGAAACAAGGAAAAGUAUACAAGAAGAAUUAUAAAUGUAGCUAUUGUUCUUAUCGUGCAGCCUGGCCAUCAGAUCUUAAGAAACAUGAAAGCUGUCACAUUUCCAAGAAAUUGCAUUCUUGCCCUAUUUGUGGAAUGGGAUUUGACAUGCUUCCUUCUUUAGCACAUCACCUCAGGCAUCUGCAUGAGAAUAGUGAUCAAGCAAACAGUAUUGCUUAUGUUAUAGAAAUGGUUUCAUCAGGACAGGCUAACAAAAAAAUGCCAAUUCUUAAAACUUUGCUGUCGGAAUGCUUAGGAGAGGAAAUGCAAUCUAGUGGUAGAGUUCAGCCAGCAUCAGAUAGCUCUGAAAAUUCUCUAGCUUCUUCAUCUUAUGAUAUGCAGGUGCAAACCCCUCGCAUGUCAGCAUCUUUGCAGAAUUUUAAAUCUGACAAGCCAAUGCCUACAUGUGCUGUGUGUGGCUACAAGACACGGUGGAUGUCUGAGUUAGAGAAACAUAGGCGUGUCCAUUCUGGAGAAAAACCCUUCAAGUGUACCUAUUGUAAUUACAGGUGUAAGUGGAGAGGAGACUUAACAAGACACAUCCAAAAAUACCACCCAGAAAAACCUGUGGGGCCACUGGUCAAUAAAAAACCUGUCUUAAAGAUGAAAAUAAAGAAUCCUAGAAGUUCCCUUCCAACAAUUUCCAGUUAUAUUACAAGUGAAAAUGUUUCAAAAUCUGAAACAGUUGAACAUAAGGACCAGAAUAAACCAUCAAUAUUUAGUGUAGAAGGUGUUUCUCAUAUGCAACCUACAAGUUUAAAAAAAUCAAAUAUAGAAAUCUCUGUAAACCAAGAUAUGCCUUUAGAUUUGAGUAUCAGUGCUAAAAGAUUGAACUCAAAAAUUCAGGAAGAAUCAGGUGAAGAAAAUGUUCCUGGCAAGUCUCUGAAAACAUAUUCAGAUGCAGAAGAAAUAAGUGUAGAUUCAGUAAAAAAUACAAAAAGUGAAGUGAAACAAACCGGACAAGAGUAUGCUAUUAAUUCUUCCUUGGUAACGACUAAAAUUGUUAAAAAAUAUCAGUGUGCAUACUGCCCAUUCAUAACUCGUACAGCAUCGCGUUUCCAUGUUCACAUUGUACAGCAUUUCAAUAGAAAACCAUUCAUGUGUUCAGCCUGCUGCUACAAAUCUAACUGGCAAUGGGAUAUCACAAAACAUAUCAAAAUGAAAAUGGUGAGAGAUGGCAAUCACCAAGGAGCAACCUGUUUAUUAACUGAUGAAACAGGUAGAAGGGACUAUGAAAAAUACAAAGACUUCUUGAUAGAUGUACCUCUAGAAAUGAAGUCCUCAAAAAAUAAAGAUUGUGUGUUAUCUGAUAGUACAGAGAGUUUUGAUGCCAAUGAAUAUUCUAUGAACAGUGACCAAAACUCCCCAGAUUUAAAUGGGAACAUGGUUAGUAUUGUUGUGACACCAGACAUUCCAUUUCCUGUGGAGGAUUUUAAUGAGCAAGCAUUACAGAUAGACUCUGCAACUACAGAAAGUACAGUUAGACCAGAAACUAAGUACUUUUACUGCAGUCAUUGCAAUUUUCAACAUAUUGCAAAGAAGGUCGUUGUUAGCCACAUGGCAGUUCAUGCUGGUCUUAAGCCAUUCCGUUGCCGAAGUUGUGGCUUGGUCUCAAAUUGGCGGCAUGUCAUUUUAAGACAUAUUAAGAGCAGGCAUGAAGGAAAUCUUGAAGACUUGGAGGAACGCAUUACUGUCUCUCAACAAGGAAGAAAUCUCUACUUGUCAGAAGUGCAUUCUGGAGAUAAAGAUUUAAGCUUCCCAAGUGAACCUACAUCAGAACUACUGAGUUGUCAGGUGUGUCCGUACACCUGUGUGAAACACUCUCAUAUGAAACUCCACAUGAAGCAACAUCAACCAAGGGAAGGAGCUGUGUUUAAAUGUUUGUAUUGUCCUUACUAUGUGAAGUUUAGGAAACCUCUCAGACGGCACAUGAAAUUACAUACAGAGGCCUCUGAAAACUGUCAAGCUUCCCAGAAAUGUCACAGUCUUGAAAAUGAUAGCACUGCAUUAACAUACAGCAAAAAUAAGAUGGAAAUAUAUCAAAAUGUAGUUCAAGUAACCAAGAGUAGUUUACCAAGGAAACCAGCAACACACAUUUACACUGGGAUUGCAGCAAUGUUCAAGAAGUAUUCCUGUGAUGGCUGUCCUUAUAAAACUGAUAAUAGAUCUCAGUUUUUAUACCAUAAACAGUUCCAUCGUCCUAACAGUCUUGCUUCCCACAGAUGUACUGUGUGCUCAUAUUGGGCAAAACGUCAGCAUCUUAUAAUUCAACACAUGAAAGUUCACAAAGAUGACAAUAGUUCUGAACCAUCUCAAACAAAACUAGGUCAGGAGGAUAAGGAAAAACAAGAAGAAAAGCCAGCAGAUGACAAAUCAGAAGGUAGCAAGAUCAAAAUGUACAAAUGUCACUAUUGUCCAAUGACGAGCAAACAUAGGACUAAUGUGCUUAGUCAUGAAGCAAUGCAUGAAAAAGAUUCUCCUUCCAAAUUUGCUUGCCCAUUGUGUAACUAUCAUUGCAAUAACUUGGGAGUUCUCAGUGGGCAUUUAAAGCUUCACCAAGAAAGUGAGGUUGAUCAGUUUCUAAAUUCAGCAUCAAGAGGAGUAGAGAGUUGGAAUGAGAAAGAACCUGUGCCACUGAAGCAAAAAUCUACAGAUAGAAACUUGUCAUUAGCAAAUAACUCUGAUCCAUUGGGAGCUGCCUCUUCUAAAGGAUCUCUUAUUAUGGUGAGGAAAAAAGUAUUUAGCUAUUUCUGUACCAAAUGUCCAGCUGUAUUUAAAAGCACAGCAGAUUUUAAGAUACACAAAAGUUUUCAUGGGUCUAAUUAUCCAUUUUCCUGUCCACAUUGUGAUUAUCGGGCAAAGCACAAGCCUCAUCUUCAUAAGCAUUUCUUUGUUCAUACUCCAGCCUAUGCAGCCAAGCGAGAAGCAUCAUUUGGGCCUCCAGUUGAAAAAUUUCAGGAAAAUAAUUCUGUACAAGAUCAGAAGUUGGCUUCAGAAGAUAGUGUUCCUGUUGAAUCACUGGUAGACAAUAUCAAUGGUAAAUUGGAACAAAAUCCAAAUUCUAUCGGUCAGUUACUGUUACACGAAGAGGCAGAGACUAGAUCCUUUUGUGAUAGACAUGAAAUUCAAUCUUCUCAGAAGCUUCAUGAAUGUUUAUUUUGCCCUGCCAAGUUGUAUAAACAAUCAACUCUUCAAUUUCACAUGCAGUUGCAUGAUGGAAAUGGAUCACUUGCUUGUUCUUCUUGUUCUUAUGCAGUUGACAGUAUAGACAAUUUGACAACUCAUGUUAGGCUUCAUUCUAAAGAUUUUGAUGUCUUCAAAAAAGUAGAAUCAAAAACCCAAACUGUCCACUCCUGUCCCAAGUGCCCUGCUGUGUUCACUAAAAUUGCACGGUAUGAACGUCAUAUCACCCUACAUGGACAGAGUAAUAGAUAUACUUGUGAUAAAUGUGAUUACUCUGUAAAAUUUGCAGCUAACUUACAGAAGCACAAGCCUGUCCAUGAGAGAGGUCAGAUCCAGACUUAUGCUAAAAAUGUUUCCUCAUUAUUUAACAAAGAACCUGAAUUAUUUAAAGCUCAGCCAUCACUGACAGAUUAUAUCAAUCUUCAAGUCAAUGAACUUCCUGAAGAAAGAGAAAAAAAACUCUUUCAUUGUGACCGAUGCCCAUAUGUCAAUCAGCGUAAAGAUGCUGUCCAAAGUCAUCAGAAACGCCAUGGUGCCACAGGGGGUGUCAGUUGUCCCUAUUGUGACUACACUACUAUGCAGCCAUCAUGUUUGAGGGAUCACAUGAGAAGUCAUCUUCAACCCCAAGCUCUUCUGAAGGCACAGAGUUUUCUGAAGUAUGAUACUAUGGAAAUCUGGAUCAUUGAAGAUGAAACCAAAGAUUUGUUCUUUAGAGAUAGAGGACAAUCUUUCACAGAUGAUCGCUUCUUGUCUCCCUUUGAAGAAACUUCAAUUGAGGGUCCCUCAAAUAGCAGUACAAUUGCAUUAUUAAAUAGCAAUGUGGGUGUAAAUGAAUCUGAUGAAUUAGCUGAAGAACAUGUUAAAACAGUUGGAAAAAUAAGAGAGAAUAGAUCUUCUGUUGCUGAAGAAGAAACAUUAGAGUCAGUAAUAAAGAUGGAUCUACCAAUAGAAGGUGAAGAUACAAAUAAAUCCAUUCUUACUGUAGUUGUUCCUAAUAAAAUAGAAAACAAAAUAAAAGUUAUUAAAGAUGCUCUUAGUCAACAUAACAAACUUGAAGUUGUAUUAACAGAUGUCUUGGAAAAUGUACUCAUGAAUCACCCAGAAAAAGAAAAAAUGAAGUAUCAAACCAAGAUGGUGAUAAAAAUGACAAAAAAAAUAGUAAAGAAAACUAUAAUGAAAAUAGUCACAUGGAACAGGGGUUAGACAAUAGUGAAGAGCAUCUGGAAACAAAAUGUACAAAAAAUGAUCAACUUGAAUCACAACAUACACAAAAUUGUAAACAAGUCAUCAGCAUGGAUCAACAUUUAAGUGGAACAGAUAAAAAGACAGACAUUUGUAAGCUAACAAACUAUGUUGAUCGUGGAUCAAGUGAAACAAGAAAUCAACUUGGAUCAGAAAAUAUAGAAAGUGACAAACAAGAACACGACAAAAAUGUGCAGUCAGGAGAAAAAGAUAAGCAACCUGACUUGGAAUAUACAGAAAAGGAUGUACACAAAGAAAAUAGCAUUAACCAAAGAACAGGUGUGCCAGAUGAGCAACUGGAACUAGAAAAUAGGAAAAAAUAUAAACAAGAACACAGUGAGAAUUUUGGAAGAGCAAAAAUAUUUA